GUCGUUUAAAGCGCAAAGGAAAAAAACUGAAGAAAAACGAAGCUCGAGUGUUUUGACACUUGCGAGAUGCCGUACUUCAGAAUCCGGAAGCACUGCUGCUGUCAUCUAAACAAACAACAUGGGCUGAUUUUGGAGGAUGUCAUCAAGAGGUGUUGUCCUCCAUAUGCAAACCUGUGCAAAUCAGACUGGUGACUGGAAGAAAUUAACUGUAUUCGGUUAAGCUUUUUUAAAUCAGCAAUGGCUCGGGAGGAAGAUGAAGAGGAGCUGACUGUCGAGGAGCCCAAGCAGGUGGACAUGUUUACAUCUGUGCGUUGCCUGGGCUACCUGUCCAGCGUCAACCUCCUUGUGGCUGUAUGCGUCGGCAUGUACGCGCGCUGGGAGGUGACGAGUGAACCGAUGAUCCUGGUCAUCUUCAUCCUUGGCCUCUUUGUCCUGGGGAUUGCCAGCAUCCUCUAUUACUACUUUGCUAUGGAGAAAGCUAGCCUCAGCUUGUUCCAUUUGUGGUGCGGCUUCUUGCUUGGCCUCCUCUGCUUCCUCAACAGCUCCAGCUUGAAUUCAAAUGUCAAGGAGCUGGUCGCCAACUAUCUCCUGUUGGCCAGUGUAAUCAUGAAAACAGUGUGGGCUUUAACUGAGCGAAUAUGCAGCUCAAUCCAUAACAAACCCACCCUGCUCACAUCAACUGAGCUACUGGAGCUCCUGGGAUUUGGCAUUGCCAGCACUGCCAUGCUUCUUCACAAGUCAGUGGCCAUUGUAGGUUUGGUGGUGGCCCUGGGGGCUCUCAUAGUGGACCUGAGGAUGAAAUCCCUCCUGGCUUUGCCUAACCUGGUCAGUUUUGCCUUGGUCACCUCUCUGGUGUUCUUCCAGGCCUUAGGCAUCACAGCCAACCCUUAUGCUUUAGGCUGCUACAUGGGCAGGCUGCUGUGUGAGCCUGUGUUGGAUGUGUACUUCAGUGGGCUGGGGCCCAGCGAGCGCUGGACACCAGUGCUCUCCCUUGGGACGGUGUGGAGGAGGCUGUCUCUGCUGCCGCUGAGUCUGAUGGAGCUGGCCUUCUUCGUCGUGGCUGCCUUAAAGCUCGGCCACUUGGAGCUCUGGUAUCUGGUGAUUCCAGGCUUCUGUCUGUUUGGCCUUUUCUGGUUCAUCUGCCACAUAAUUCUGCUGAUGACAAUCUGGGGCUUCCACACCAAGUUGAGUGAGUGUCAGAGGGCUUGGCAGUCUCAGCGAUCCAGAAGCCGGAGUCUCAACCAAGUCAUGGCCUCCAGGGGCAUCCGACACUUCUGCCUCAUUUCAGAACGGCUGGUGUUCUUUAGUAUGCUGUCAACGGUCAUACUGGGAGCUGUUUCCUGGCAGCCCUCCAACGGCCUCUUUCUCUGCGCUCUGCUGGUGGUGCUGCCUUUGGAGUCUCUGACCCACGGCUUGUUCCACGAGCUGGGCAGCUGCCUGGGGGGAACCUGUGUUGGCUACGCCCUGGUCAUACCUACUGCUUACUCCAGCGCCGACGGCCAGCCCACUCUCCUACCACCUGAGCAGGUCCAACAGCUGAACAUGCGCUCAACGGGUAUGCUGAACAACGUGCAGCGCCUCUUCUCCUACCACAUGAUCCAGACGUUUGGUUGUGACUACUCCACCAGCGGUGUUACGCUGGAGGCCGUGCAGACGAAGCUACGCAGCUUCCUGGAGCUUCGUACAGAAGACGGGCCCCGUCAUGACACCUAUCUGAUUUUCUACAGCGGGCAUACACACAAAGGCACCGGUGCUUGGGCUCUGGCUGGAGGUGAGAGCGUCCACAUGGCCCAGCUGCUGGAGUUGUGGAAGGAGAAGAACGCGGGCCACUUCUCCCGCCUCAUCCUCGUCUUGGACACGGAAAACUCCCUCCCCUGGGUGAAGGACAUCCGCAGGGUGGACGGCAUCUACGUAGCCGUGCAGGGUGCCGAGCUGUCCGCCACCAGGGUCGACCCGGAGCCCGGGGACGUCCCCCUCCUCGGGGACUUCACGGCCGAAUGGGUGGAGUUCAACUGCAACCCAGACAGUGACACCCAGUGGUCGGAAAAGGGAAGGACCGUGACGGCGGCAUACGGCGUGUCCAAGCGCUGGAGCGACUACACCCUUCACCUGCCCACUGGAAGCGAUGUGGCCAAGCAUUGGAAGACCCACUUUCCCAAGGCUACGUAUCCCAUGGUGCACCUUUCCAACUGGUGCUGUGGCCUCAACCUGUUCUGGGUGUGCAGCGUGUUCCUGCGCUGCUUCAGGAGGUGUAAGCUAGCUUGGUUCCCACCGGCUGUACUGGACACUGGGCAGGGCAUUAAACUGGUGCACUCUUAGGUAAUGACAGAGAUUGUACAUGUACAUUGUCACGCUGGUAGUUUGUUUUUGAACAGCUGGGUACGAUGUGUUUAUAGAAAGGAAAGUGUACACCUAUGAUACUCAUGCACAAACAUGCACACAGGUUUUACCCCAUGAGUACAAUGUGGCCUUCAACAACUUCCAAAUUCAUUUUUGCAUUAUGUUUAAUUGCUAUAAUGCAGAGAUAUUGUGCUGAUAAUUUAAUGUCCAAACAUAGGCUCAAUAUUAUAUUGUGUAACCCAAAAUGAUGGAAUGAAAAAGCACAGAAAGCUUUUUAUGGUGAGAGAUAUCACAAUUAUGGUGAAUAGCACUUUGUCAUGUACGGAACUAUGAUUUCUUAAUAUAUGAUGAUAUCUUGGGGCUGUGUGAUAUAUUAUGUUUUUGAAUACUAUUUUGCCAAUACUGUACAAUUAUUUUUUUUUUUUUUUUUUGGGAAAAGUUUACUGGUUAUCUCUUUUUGUUAUAAAGUUUGAUGAUUUUCUAAAUCACAGCGUCUUAAAGUGCCUUGAAGAUGGAUUUGGGUUGAUCUUUAAUAUGGUGGCCUUAUAUUUUUUUUUUUUGGUACAUGCAAAUGUGUGUGUAUAGCUCCGUGCCUCUUGUUUAUAUCUGAGAAUAGACCAACGAUGGCUGCUGUGGGGCUGAACUCAACGACCCUCUGGUUACAGGACAGUCGAACCUCGAGGCCGACUGGACACUUUUGCUGUGGGAUCUUUCCCUUCAUCACUUUCCAACCUUCCAGAUAUGCAUUUAUUCCUGAAUUGGACCAAGACAGAUGCUUUCGUCUUGAGGCCGUGUAUUAUCACUAGACAUUGUCCCUGUACUGUGCCUCAUCCUGUUAAUUUACACCAAUGAGUUCAAGUUGAAGAAGUCAUUCGCUCCGUACAAACGCAGCACAUUCAAGUUUUCUAGACGUCGUCCUUGCCACGCUUUGAAAAAGUGACUUGUCACGAAUAACGACUAUUCAAGAAGCUCCCAAUGUUUUUUAUUGGUGCACUGACCUUAAGAACUCCUAUUGACUAUCCUUUAUUUUCUCCUUUAUUGGCUGUGUUGGCUCUCGCUCCUACACAACCUUAAACUCUGGAGUGGAUUGCUGCCUUAAUGGUGUCAAGUGGCCACAUGUUCAUUCCCCUUGUGCCUCUCUUGAGUUAUGCCUGACGUUGUCAACAUUAAACUCUGAUAAUAAACUGAUUAAACAUC